AUGGACAAGGAUAAAUUGUACAGUGUAGCGUUUGAUUUUGUUAUUAAAACAGCAGCUAAAAAUAUUGGUGAUAUGAACACAGCCAUUGAUAGCUUGCAAAAGUACUCAAAACUCAGCAAAGAGCAAAAAGAAAAGCUAGCUAUUAUUCUUAAAUCUGCCUAUACUAUCACACGAUGCACUGCAGAAUUGUCAGAUACUGGGACGCGUUUCUGUACUUCAAUUAUCGAUCAUUACAAUAAGAAUAGAUAUAAAAUUGUAGUGAAGAUGAAUAACGAAUGUAAUGGACAAAUACUGACCAGUUUGGGUGAUAUUUCCAGAGAUAUGCAAACAUUUAUUACAAACUGUGAUGAUUUCCUAAGCGAUGUUGGCGAUUCCCAAGCAGAACAUAUUAAAGCGUACAAUGAAGCGAAGAAAACAGUAGCAAACGCCAAUCAUGUUGCAAAAUGGAUGGCAAUUAUUGCUGCAACUGGUUUUGUUGUAGGUGGUUUGCUUUUUGUCGUUCCAGGGGGUCAAUUGUUUGGUGUAGCUGUAACAGGUGCUUCUGAAUUUGUUCUGGCAGUUUCUGGUACGACUCUUGCAGCAGCGACAGGUACAAAAAUUUUUUCGAAAAUAAGGGAAAACGGUUUGGUUAAGGAACCACAUGGGGAUGCUGAAAAGAAAGUGGUGACGGAGCUACGUUCUGUUGUCGAUAAUGACCUUAAAAAGAAUGUUAAUAAGAUUUCACAUGAAUCUAUUAUUUACUAUGAAACUACAGACAGUGAUACAGAAAAGGCUGAUAUGAUUUACGAAGCUGCUAUGAAGAAUAAGGCAUCUUUUGAGAGUAAUCAAACAAGUACCACCACAAUGAUAAAAUUACUGGAUGGUUUUUAUAAUACACAAACUCCUACACAAGUCAAUAUUGCUGAAGGUCGUAUAGUGCGCAUACCAAGCAAAUAAACUAUUUUU